AUGAAGUCUACCUUUCUUAGUGCCAUCAUGGUCCUCGCUGCUGGUGUUAUCAGCAAUGUCGGGGCUUUCCAAUGGGUUAAUAUGGUCGACUAUGGACAUCUAGAAGACGACUGUUUCCGGGCCGGCGUGGAGAACUGCACCUACCAGAACAACUACGCUGAAGACGUUUGCGACGUGGAUGACUCAAAGUACAGAGAGAACGAACACGACGAAGGCUUUGAUUAA